CGCCGGGGCAUGAGGGGCCGCGGGGCGCCGCGCCGCGGCGUCGGCGGCGGGGGGCAUAUGGCAUAGCCGGGGAACGGCGGUGAGAGGCGGACCCGGGGGUAAGAGCGGUCUCGGUGUGGGCGAGCGCGGCUCCCUGCAUGUGGAAAGUGAGGCGAGUCAGGGAGCCCGGCGGCACCGGCGAGCAACCGGCGGCACGGUCCUGAGUACCCGGGCAGCGGCGGCCGCCCGCCAUGGAUUGCAGCCUCCUCCGGACCCUCGUGAGCCGAUACUGUGCUGGAGAAGAGAAUUGGGUGGACAGUCGGACUAUUUAUGUUGGGCAUCGUGAACCACCUCCAGGCACUGAAGCGUACAUUCCACAGAGAUUUCCAGAUAACCGAAUAGUCUCAUCAAAGUACACGUUUUGGAACUUUGUACCGAAAAAUUUGUUUGAGCAAUUCAGAAGAAUAGCUAACUUCUAUUUUCUGAUAAUUUUCCUUGUUCAGUUAAUUAUUGAUACACCUACUAGUCCAGUUACAAGUGGACUUCCACUUUUAUUUGUCAUCACCGUAACAGCUAUCAAACAGGGUUAUGAAGAUUGGCUUCGACAUAAAGCUGACAAUGCAAUGAACCAAUGCCCUGUUCAUUUCAUUCAACAUGGUAAACUGGUUAGAAAGCAAAGCCGAAAAUUAAGAGUUGGAGAUAUUGUAAUGGUAAAAGAAGAUGAAACAUUCCCAUGUGACUUAAUAUUUCUAUCAAGUAGUAGAGGAGAUGGAACGUGUUUUGUUACAACAGCUAGUUUGGAUGGCGAAUCCAGUCAUAAAACUUACUAUGCUGUUCAAGAUACAAAGGCAUUUCACAAUGAACAAGAAAUUGAUGCACUGCAUGCUACCAUUGAAUGUGAACAACCUCAGCCUGACCUUUAUAAAUUUGUUGGUCGAAUAAAUGUUUACCAUGAUAGGAAUGAGCCUACUGCAAGGCCAUUAGGAUCCGAAAAUCUGCUUCUUAGAGGAGCCACUUUAAAGAAUACAGAAAAAAUCUUUGGUGUUGCUAUCUACACUGGCAUGGAGACUAAGAUGGCAUUAAAUUACCAGGCAAAAUCACAGAAGCGAUCUGCUGUAGAAAAAUCAAUGAAUGUAUUCCUUAUUGUAUACCUCUGUAUUCUCAUCAGUAAAGCACUAAUAAAUACUGUCCUGAAGUAUGUCUGGCAGAGUGAACCAUUUCGUGAUGAGCCAUGGUAUAAUCAGAAAACAGAGCCAGAAAGGAAAAGAAAUCUGUUUCUUCGAGCUUUUACAGACUUCCUUGCAUUCAUGGUUCUUUUCAACUACAUUAUUCCUGUAUCCAUGUAUGUCACUGUGGAAAUGCAAAAAUUUCUUGGUUCUUAUUUCCUUACAUGGGAUGAGGAAAUGUUUGAUGAGGACACGGGUGAAGGACCACUGGUGAAUACUUCUGACCUCAAUGAAGAGCUGGGACAGAUUGAGUAUGUCUUCACAGAUAAAACAGGAACGUUAACUGAGAACAACAUGGAAUUCGUAGAAUGUUGCAUUGAAGGGCACGUUUAUGUACCACAUGUUAUCUGCAAUGGCCAAAUUCUCCACGACUGUACAGGCAUUGAUAUGAUUGAUUCUUCUCCAGGAGGAAGUGGAAAGGAGAGAGAGGAACUAUUUUUUCGAGCUCUUUGUCUUUGCCACACUGUUCAGGUAAAAGAUGAUGACAGUGUAGAUGGAUUGAAGAAAAACCAGCUCUCAAGAAGAUCUUGUAUAUAUAUUUCAUCAUCACCUGAUGAAGUUGCUUUAGUUGAGGGAAUACAGAGACUUGGUUACACCUAUCUAAGGCUGAAGGACAAUUUUAUGGAGAUCUUAAAUCGGGAAAAUAACAUAGAGAAGUUUGAAUUAUUAGAGGUUUUGAGUUUUGAUUCUGUGAGACGGCGAAUGAGCGUAAUUGUUAAAUCUUCAACAGGUGAUAUAUUUCUGUUUUGUAAGGGAGCAGAUUCUUCCAUAUUUCCUAGAGUCAAAGAAGGCAAAAUUGACCAAGUACGAUCCAGAGUUGAACGCAACGCAGUGGAGGGACUGCGAACGUUGUGUGUUGCAUAUAAAAAGCUUACAGCGGAAGAAUAUAGUAAUGCGCAGAAGCUGCUUCAGAACGCAAAGUUGGCCCUCCAGGACCGGGAAAAGAAACUGGCAGAAGUGUAUGAGAAGAUAGAAAGAGAUUUUAUUUUACUUGGUGCUACAGCUGUUGAAGAUCGACUACAAGAAAAGGCUGCUGACACUAUUGAAGCACUCCAGAAAGCUGGAAUUAAAGUUUGGGUUCUGACAGGAGACAAAAUGGAGACUGCUGCAGCUACUUGCUAUGCUUGUAAACUCUUCCGGAGAAAUACACAAAUACUUGAGCUAACCACAAAGAAAAUUGAGGAACAGAGUUUACACGAUGUGCUUUUUGACCUAAGCAAAACUGUCCUAAGACAUAAUGGCAGCUUAACCAGGGAUACUUUCUCAGGACUUUCAACUGAUAUGCAAGAUUAUGGUUUAAUUAUUGAUGGAGCAGCAUUAUCAUUAAUAAUGAAACCAAGACAAGAUGGGAGCUCUGCUAACUACAGAGAGCUCUUUCUUGAAAUUUGCAGGAACUGCAGUGCAGUGUUAUGCUGUCGAAUGGCACCUCUGCAAAAAGCACAGAUUGUAAAAUUGAUUAAGUUAUCAAAGGAGCAUCCUAUCACAUUAGCAAUUGGUGAUGGAGCAAAUGAUGUCAGUAUGAUUCUAGAAGCACAUGUUGGUAUAGGAAUCAUUGGCAAAGAAGGUCGUCAAGCAGCAAGAAACAGUGACUAUGCAAUACCUAAAUUUAAACAUUUGAAAAAAAUGUUGCUUGUUCAUGGGCAUUUUUAUUAUGUUAGGAUAUCUGAACUUGUGCAAUACUUCUUUUAUAAGAACGUCUGCUUCAUUUUUCCUCAGUUUUUAUAUCAGUUCUUCUGUGGGUUUUCACAACAGACUUUAUACGAUACUGCGUAUCUAACACUGUACAAUAUCAGCUUCACUUCCCUUCCUAUCCUCUUGUAUGGUCUAAUGGAACAACAUGUCAGUGCAGACACACUCAAGAGAGAGCCUUCCCUAUACAGAGAUGUUGCCAAGAAUGCUUUGCUGCGCUGGCGUGCAUUUAUUUAUUGGACAUUCCUAGGAGUGUUUGAUGCUGUGGUAUUUUUCUUUGGUGCCUAUUUCUUGUUUGACAACACAGUUGUGACCAGCAAUGGACAGCUAAUGACAACCAGCACUCACAUGAUGUUUGGAAACUGGACCUUUGGAACACUGGUGUUCACUGUGCUUGUGUUCACAGUUACAUUGAAGCUUGCACUAGAUACACACUAUUGGACGUGGAUAAAUCACUUCAUGAUCUGGGGUUCACUGGUAUUCUACAUUAUCUUUUCUCUGCUCUGGGGAGGAAUUAUUUGGCCUUUUCUCAAUUAUCAGAGGAUGUAUUAUGUGUUCAUGCAAAUGCUGUCUAGUGGUCCUGCAUGGCUGGGUAUAAUUCUGCUCAUAACUGUCAGCCUUCUUCCAGAUGUUCUCAAGAAGGUCUUAUGCAGACAGUUGUGGCCUACAGCAACAGAAAGAAUCCAGAAUGCAUCGAGGCACUGUCGGGAGCACAUCUCGGAAUUCACACCUCUUGCCUGUCUGAAAAGCCCAAGAUACAGGAGCAGUGACUGCAGCAAUUCCCCAGCAAGAAGAACAAACUGGUGUUUCCUCUGUGCAAAUCUGCUUUCAAGAAACACUCUCUAAUGUUCACUUCCUUCUUUAACAGCAUAGUGUCUCCAUAACUGCUCCUAUAAAUGUCUUGAAACUGGUAAGCGCUAACCAAAUGUAUGUGAAGACUUAGAAAGUAUUUCAAGCUUUUCAGCCACUAAAGUUCAUAUAUUCCUGCAGUGGCUUUUGGCAAAAGAUCCUUUUUGCUUUACCAUGUACAAUAAGUGUUUGUUCAGCCACUUAAUGUAAAAGCUUACAGUUUACUUUCUUGCUUGCAUUAGCCUGUUUGUCUUGACCCAACUGGCUUGCAAAUAUAAAAGGAAAAAAUAGCUUAAUUGAGCAACUGCACUACUUUUCUUUUGGAAGCCAGUGGGAUCAUUGUGCUCAUGCUACUGUCUCUGUUACAAAAGCUUUAAUGGAAAUUUGUGAAAGUAUUAUGAAAGUGAAAAAGUCUGUGAUUCUACUUUGCAGAACAAUCUAAAAAUCAGUUUAUAGAGCUUUAAUUUUUUACCUUAUGAAAAUUCACAGAAUUUUAAUCUGCGCUGUCUCUGACAUAAAUUCUGUGCUAUGUACGCAUUGCAUUUUAAAUGUCCUUUCAUGAUCUAAUGUAAAGUAGAAUCUGCGAAAGUUGCUGUAUGGGGGGUGGGGGGUAGUUAUCUGUGCAUUAAACAUUAACGAUGUCUGUAGUCAUCAGCACCAAAUACUGACACUUAUUUUUAACUGUACAAUUAUAGGUGCAUUUAUUUAAAAAUAAAUCAGCCUUCAAAUCUAAUAUUUAGAUUAUCCUAUACCACUUCAUUUAUUUGAUUUGAAGAGUCAGUGUGUGAAUACAUUACUGUAAAGUUUCUUUUCAGUGCUAUUUUUAACUUUUAUUUCUGUAGAUAACCAAAUAUAACUUGUUUAUAUUCAGUCACAUUUUGGAUCCUUAUGUAGAAUAUAUAAGCAGGAGACAUGAAUCUGCUUGCAAUAAAUAUAAACAUUCAAGACUGGUUUAAGUUUGCUCACAAGUAAUUAAAAUAAUUCUAGUAUGAAUAUGAGAUGGUUUCAUAUUAGUCUGUAAUAAAAUGUAAGUAGAUAACAGA